AGGCAGUUCUGCGAACCUGAAAAAGCAGUGUGGUUAUUUCGUCACUUAAUGUGGGUGGUUGGAGGUAGUACAUUUGGACAGAGCUUGAUGUGAUGUGUGUGUGUGUGUGUGUGUGUAGGAGAGUGCUAGACCUAUUAGACACAGCUGCUGCAUUCAAGGAGAAACGGUUUAAACCUUUGCACUAAAAUGUCAUCAGGGCAGCUCUUGUGCCUUCUACUAGCUCUUCCUUUUUGCUCUACAAACACCAGUGUGAAGAGCAUUACAGUGUCUAGUGGAGGUUUUGCCUUUCUACCAUAUACUUACAAUUUCACGAACAAUAAGGAGUACAGGAUCAAUGUGAAGUGUGAAAAAGAUGGAAAGUUUUUAUGUAAAUAUUUAAUUGACAAUAAUAUAAGUAAUAUAAAUCUCCCUGAAUGUACAACUCGGAUUAAAGUAAAUAAAGAACCUUUAGGGCUAAAUAUAACAGAUGUUGAAAGCAGUGAUGCUGGUAAUUAUACGUGUGUGAUUACCAAAUCAAUACCACCACCAACAGAGGUCAAAUCUACAACCCUGCUGCUCAAAGUAAUUGAUCCACCAUCUCUCACCCUGGAGCUGAUGAACAGCACUAACUCCUCCUGUGUGGAGCUGCUCUGCUCUCUGCAGGGUUUGAUACCACAGCAGGUGAACUUCACAUGGACCAGAGCAGCUCAGCUUCUUCACUAUUAUGAGUCCAACAAUAUGAGCAGCUUCCUGAUGCUCUGCAAGCCGAACUGGACAGAUGGAGAAACACUCACUUGUCGUGCCGAUUACUCAGUCAAUCACACACUCUACAGCAGGAACAUCAAACUCCCAUAUAACUCAGGGGUGGCAUCCUUGAUGAUGAUCACUGCAGUUACAAGCACAUGUGCAGGGCUGCUUCUCUUCAUUUUACUUGGUGUAGCCAUCUUCAAAUGGAAGAAAAGAGAUUCUUCCAAUGGAGCUGUAGUCUACAGAAAUAAAAUCUAUGAGAACUUCACUCUUUCCAAUGCUACGGUAUACCCCACAUUGCCUGCUCCCCGAAAUGCUCAACCUGUCCCCACAAACAUCAGGAAUACUACCAGAUCUACUCCACAUACAAUCAUGCAGACUCAGAGAGAGGAAUGUAUCUAUGAAAACUAAGCAACUGCUAUCUUAAAAAACAAGACUCCAGGUUUGGUCUGUGUACAUUCUGUUUUAUUUAUUUAUUUUCUAGGCACUUUUGUAUUUUUGGAACACAAACUAUGGACACACUAUCAGUGUCUCUACUCUAAAGUAGGACCAGACUAACAGUGUCAUCUCUGUAUAUAUUGUUUCUUACAAAUAAAUGAUAAAUGAAGCACCAUCUGCACCUUGCAAGUGUAUUGCAAUACCUUUUAUCAGGUGAUAGAUCUGUAAAGCAGUUUUGGUAUGUUGGUAAAAAUAAAGCAGACCACAAUGUUGUUCCAGUCUUUAGCAACUCUGUCGAAAAUAGAUAAAAGUAAUAAUUUAUAUAUUUAAUAUUUACAUGAAAAUAUAUUAAUAUGGUUUAAAAAUCAACAUGCUUGGGCGAGAAUACAAUCAAAGCUUAAUAUUGUAAUGGGCUUGAAUUUGCUUUAAAAAGUGAUGAGGACAAAAACAUAAUAGAGAGAGAUGCACUGGGCUCCUAUCCAAGAGACUUUGAUUCUUAGUCUAGCAUGGCAGUAAUUUAUAACUACAAAACUUUUGGUAGAUAAAUGUGUAUUUGCCAAGAUUGUCAAGAUUGUCUCUAGCAGUUAAGAACAUGAAGUUCAACAAGACUGGAAUUUAUGUGUUUUUUUUAUUCUGCUCACAUAUUCUCUCAUGUACCUCAGAAUCUGCGGUGGUCAGAAUUCAGUGAGUUACUGAUACCAACAUUUUAAAGGUUGAGGUUGGUGAAGAUGGAGGAUCCCUAAGGAGUUUGAAGGCAGAUGUCAUUAAAGGCAAGGGAUAAUGAUUCUUGAUGGUGAUCUCAUUUAGUCCCCUAUAACCUAUACAAGGCCAUAAGGACUUGUCCUUUUUUGUCUACAAUGAAGAAUCUGGCCCAGGCAGGUAACAGGGAGGGAUGAACGAUGCCAGCAACCAAGAAAUCCUGAAUAUGCCAUAAAGGUCAAAGAAUAGACUACAUACUGGGUUGUGCAAGUUCCUGUCUCAGUGUUGGUUUGGUCUGUUUGUGGUUUCUUGCCGGAAAUCACUGUCAGUAGCCAUGCUGCAGUUUACUUUAUUUGGAGAGGAAGUGUUAACUUGUACGUUGAUAAAAUGGCACUGUUAAUCCAUCAGAUUCUGGGAUUUUCGCUUCUGUCUUUUUUCUCAGCUGUGAAAACAUGGACUUGCCAUAAUUUUAAUUCAACACAGGUAGUUCGUCAAGGAUCGUCAACCACCAUCAAUUGUUAUCAAAAACAGAACUUUUGGCUCAGAGACAAGGGUGUUGCUAUUGCAGUUGAUUUGAGAAGAAAACACUUACUUUGUGCAUACUUCUAUAUAAACCAGUCCUGGAAUAAACAGUCGUGCAAUGACAACAUCAGACUUGUAUGGAUUCCAGAAAGAGAGCAAAUAUCGUUUGACUUGCUAAAUAUUCAGAUAAUUGAUUCGGCUGUUUACACAUGUACAGUAGUUCAAUACUUCCCACCUCCUACACACUGUGUGUUAAUCCAGAGGACAUUCAUUCAAGUAAUAGCAUCUCCAUCUGUUUCUGUGGCAUGUGUGAAAGAGCCUGAUGGAGCUCCCACUAUACUUUGUGCUACUGAGGGCUUUUACCCUGCUGAUCUGAAACAGGCCUGGCUCAGAGAUGGAGAGUACAUCAGUUACUUGAACACAUCACUUCAAAGACCAAUAUAUGAAGAAAAUCUGAGCACCUGGACCAACUGGACCUUCAAAAACAACACAGAUGGGUCCUACAGCCUUAUGUCAUACCUUCACCUGUCAUCAAACAUAGCAGAGCAGGUGAUGUACUUCUGCUGGGUGAAUCACUCAACACUGAUCGAACCAAUCACUGUUAUCAUGUCAUCUGAUGAAUGCAAAGAGAGAGAAGCGGAAUUCACAGGUAUUUUUGUUCGUUGUAUAGUCGUGGGGCCCGUCUUUGGCUUGUUGAUUUGCACUGCUUUGUUCAUUGAAAUUUACUUUCAGCACCUCAAUAAAUCAAGACAGACUUCAUUAUGAUUUUUUCUGAAAUGUGAUGUAUUGUGUAAUAUAUAUAUAUAUAU